CACUGCGACUGUGCCACCCCUGCCUUUUCCGAGCUGAAGAUGAUUGCUGCUAAGAGCCAGGUUGCUCUGGGCCGCCGUGCCCCGGUUCGCGGCCAGCGCGCCGUGUGCGCGGCGACUGCUCGCCCCACCUGGCUGCCAGGCCUGAGCCCUCCUGCUCACCUGAAGGGCUCUCUGGCUGGUGACAGUGGCUUUGACCCGCUUGGUCUGGGCCAGGAUGAGGGCCGCCUCAAGUGGUAUGCUGAGGCGGAAAAGACCAACGGUCGCUGGGCCAUGAUGGCUGUGACCGGCAUUCUGGGCCAGGAGCUUCUCGGCGUGACCCCUUCCUGGUACGAGGCCGGCGCUAAGGAGUACGAUAUUCCCUCCACUCCUCUCACUGCGAUUGAGUUCAUCGUCAUGGGCUUCCUGGAGAUUAAGCGCUACCAGGGCUUCAAGACGACUGGCACGUCGGGCUUCAUCAACUCGUUCCCCUUCGACCCGGCUGGCCUGAACUCUGCGUCGAUGGCCACCAAGGAGGUCAAGAACGGCCGCCUUGCUAUGGUUGCCUUCGUUGGCUUCGCCGUGCAGGCCCUGGUGACCCGCACGCAGCCGAUUGAGGGCCUCACGAAGCACCUGUCAGACCCCUUCGGCAAGAACAUUACCUACUACGUCACUCACCUGCCCGAGGUCCUGGCUGGCACUGCCUAAAGACAGUUCCUUCUGCCUUAAGCACUCAUGCUGACACGCUUUCACACAGCACAUCUGAUUUGACCUUAAGCCCUGUGCUUUAUCGUGAAUCGCGAGAAUGGGUGUUUUUCAUCCUGAGACCUGCAAGUGCAGUGGUUCGUCAGUCUGCUGACGUGGGUCGCAUGGGUUCUAGGUUAGCGGUCUUGCGGAAGGCGAAUUGGUGCACGUAAGCGUACAUCGGCUGGGCGGCAGCCCAGUCGCCAUCGGGGCUGUUGCGGCGUAGUGGCUUCGCUGCGAUGAAUUGAGGCUGAAGAUGGGUUGGGUAUUGGUGCUGGUCAUGCGACAGUGUAACUUUGCCAUUUUUCCCACAAUCACACUGUCCGCGUUUUUUUGCGCAUCUAUCUCCCAUCCUCACGUGGAUUAUAGGUUUUGCAGGAGUCUAGAGAAGAUAAAUCUGUGUUUACUAUUUGCCGACGAACGCUUGCAUCCUGCUGGUUACAUGUAAAGCUACAAGUGAUAUCUGCCUUCCGAGUCCGAUUCGUGCACCUACAGUCUCUUCAAAAGUCAGCACGGCAAUGUAGCAUACUUAAAUUUGAGUUGAAAACAAUCUUAGCUGUGAAA